AUGGCCUCUGCCUUCCUCAAAGGCCUUCUACUUCUGUCUCUCGGUAGCAGUUUUGGCUGUGCCGAAAGCUUCAAUUACGGCGACAGGGAUGGCAAUCUGUUUCUCGAUCUUUCGAUAACGGAAGCCCAGAGCAGUCGCCCGGAAUGGGGGCUCGCCGAGCCUUGGACCAGUGACUACAUUUCAGCCCUUCAAGAGAACAGAUACGGCGACGCUAUAUGGGCGCGAUAUCAGAUGUUUGGUGAUACUUCGAAUGGCACUUUCUUGGAGUAUCCGCAAUGGACGGUCCGCGAAGCGAUCGAGGAGGACGCAAUUGGAUACAGACUCCAUGCACGAGACAAUUGGAAGUACGCCAUGACUGUCUACGCCAAUUCAAGCAAGAACACACAAAGUGAUAUACUUGACCUCAUAUUCGACGUCAACCGCAGGAGCUACUAUCGACUCUUCAGAGAUCAGUACCGAUUGCAUAAGCGUUUCCAACAAAGCGAACACGUCCUUCCGAACUGCGACUGUUGGAAGACUGCCCAGGAUGAACUCGACUCUGUUUUGGAGCUCAAAUAG